AUGACCACCGCGACAAGACAAGUGUGGGAGGCUCUUGGUGCUUCUUUGUUUGGAUGGCAAGUCAGUCGCGAAACCCUUUUCGGGAAACAUAGCGUUCAAGAGUUGGAAAGCAGAGGAGUUCUCUUUGUGGAAACGACUCAAGACGCAACCACCCGCGCUAAUGUCUUGACGAUUGUGUUUCCUUUAAUUUUUCUGACCUAUAUUCUCCAAAAAACUUUGGAUUGUCCAAUGCUGUUGCGGCACUUUGACGUGCCGUCGAGCUCUGAUGAAAACGAACGAAACACGCUGGCGGUUCUUCUCUUAAAGUGCAACGGUCUCCGUACGCUGGGCAUUCCUAUUACAGUCGACGCACUGCUCCCCGGCUACGCUCCAAAUCUCUCCUGGCGAGCAACUCCAUUGGAGUUUGAUAACCGGUACUUGCGGGCAAUGGAAAAUCAGAUUACCUUGAAAACAUGGCAUGAUUUUGAGCUUCAAAUGCACACGGGCGAGGACGGAUUUUUUGUCAACGCCAAAGGCGCCACGUUUUCUGAUGGGCUCAUUAUUCCCAAGAAAGCCGAGAAUGUGAUACUGGUUCAGGAGAAGCAGGUAGAAGUUGCGAAGAAGAAGGCAAUCGACGAUACCACUGUGCCUAGCUUCGGGUAUGACUCGGUGAAAGAGGAGCACAAUAAGUGUGAUGUCGAGACAUCUCAUUUGUUUAUCAUGGUGUCCGACAAAGAUUUCAAAGCCACGGAUCGCGGCCAGAUCCAGAGCAAUGAGAUUAUUCUGCCGAGGAACGAGCGUGAAAAAGCUCUUGGUCCUCUCUUGGCGCUUUUGCGCCGGCACAAUCAUGCACCUCGUAUUGAAAAGCCUCGCGGCGAAUGA